AACCGGAAGACGGUCAAUGUGACACCCAUGGCUAUUUUAACAAGUCCUGAAGUCCACGGAUUGGAAACAUGUCGUAGAGCUGAAGCAAAUUUAUUGAUGAGCCAGUGCCGCUAAAAUACUAUGGCCACACAGAAUCGUUUUGUCGCUGCUGCUCAAAAAUGGCUGCGUGUUGGAAAGAAAUCGCUCUCAGUCGCUCGGAGUUUGGACCUGGCUGCUGGAGUCAUGGCUGUUAACACAGGUCUGAAGCCUGCACUGCUGUAUGACGCUAACUCCGCUCUGGCUGAUCAGAUCCAAAGUUAUCUUACUUCACUACAGUCAGAACAACUCCUAUCUAAAUCUCUCAUAACAUUGGACAUUAAUGGAAAUAACCUAAUUGUUAAUCCAUCUUUAACAAUAGAUCAUUUAGAAAAGUUCACAAAGAGGACUGUGGCUGUUAUUGACGUGCGUCACUCGCUGGACCAGCCAUCUAUUAUCACGGAUUUACGGGAGGGAGAUUUGGAAAAGAUGAUACAGACUUUGCUUACUUUUCUGAAAGAUAUUAGACAAGUUUCAGAGGUUAAGACUCCUCUCUUUAUUGGGGACCUUUCUGAGACAUGGAAUCUAUGCACCCUCUUUGGGAUUCUAUUGGGUUACCCAGUUACUUACUGGUUUGAUCAAAAUGAAAGCUUUGAGAAUUGCUUGACUAUGACCCCACUAGUGGUGACCAAAGCUCUUGCAAUUUGGCAGGUUAGCACAGAGUCUCACCAGUGUUGCCUUUACUCCUUUAGCUCACCAGAGGCCCUGGAGGCAGAUACUUUGUCAGUCCUGGAUGACUGGACUUCAAGGCUUCAAGAAAGAUUUCAGCAGCAGACUGUGUUCUCUGGACUUAAUAUUUCCAAAACCACUGCCACCUUACCCUCAGUGACACUUUGAUUACUGUAAAACAAAGCUCUACCCAAAUGAAUCUUUUAGAUACAAAACAUAUGUAUAUUGCAAUGGCCUUCAACUAGUCAUCGCCUUAUACUAAAUGAAAGAGGAAGAUCUAUUGGAGUAGCACUCAUGAAUAAACAGCAUGUGAAAAAUAAAAUGUUAGAGGGACACAAUGUCCACUUUAAUGAAUUAACCUUAAACAAAGAUUUCCCACUGCUAAAUUUAUUUAACUCAUGUUUCAACCAAAAAACAUUACAUUAUUUAACUGUAUUACAGCUACAGUUCCUCAAGACAAUACAAAGAUUCCCGGUGACUUAUGUUUUCUUUACAAAUGAGUAAGAUUCAUUCAAUUCAUCCUAUUGUCCUGAGGCUGUUUGCAUUGUAGAAAGAGGUAGAGUAAAAGCACCUGUUGAGAAGUUAUUCCAAGCUCAAGGAGUGAAUUCAACUCGUAGUGAGCCCAUUUCUGGUUCCAUGGUGAGGUCAGAGGGGCAAGAUGACAGACAGCACCUCCCCACAGCGUGCACUCAAUCGUAGCUCCGCCAGAUGAUCAGCCCUGGUAGAACCAAUGUUCACAAUGGCCACUGGGAUCUUCAUAUCAUUGGCUGCUAAAAGAAAUCUGUACCCGGAAUACACCUGGAAAAAAUGUGGCACACCUGUUAUGUUUGUAAUCUAAUAGUUAACGCAUAAUUAUUGCUUCACUGUUAGCCUUGUCAUCAGCAUUUUAGCAACUUUGCCUGCCCUACCUGCAAAGAGGAUCCAGCAACCAGUACUGCAUCCGAUUCAGACAGUCUAUUAUGUACAAAUUCCACUGUUGUUCUGUUGACGGAAUCCCCAAAAAAUGUAACCUCUGGCUUCAGAAUCCCUCCACAGCCCUCACAAGAAGGCACUCUGAAGUGGAGGACCUGCUCAUCCUCCAGAAAAACAUCCCCGUCUGGUGCGACACCACCUGCUUUCGCUCCCCACUCGGGGUUCAAUGUUCCAAAACGCUUUUGAAGCUCCUCUCUGGGAGAGACAGCGCCACAGCCAAGACACACCACCCUAGGAUAAAGCAUACAGAAAGACUAAUAACGCAUCCUAUGCAUUUGUGUGUAUGCAUGUAUAGGCUUUUUUAGGUCUCUCCCACCUGUGUGUACAUCCAUGGAGUUCAGUAAGUCUUUUGUGCCCUGCCUUAGAGUGUAGGGCAUCCACAUUCUGAGUGACCAGCCAGUGCAAUUUGCCCCUUUCUUCCCACUGCCUUAGAGCCAAGUGUGCAGAGUUUGGCUUGUGUGAUGAGAAAUGUGGCCAGCCCACAUAGUUCCUAGCCCAGUAACGUUGCCGAGACUUGGCACUACGGACAAACUCUGCAUGUUGCAUCGGGCGUCUGUCUGUGCGGGCGUACAGACCCACGCCCUCUGAACGAUAGUCUGGAAUGCCAGAUUCUGUUGAGAGACCAGCACCAGUAAUGACGAAGAGGCGUGUAGAACGUGACACAAACGCUUGCAGCUGCUUCAGAACAUGAUCAUCAAUGGUACUACUGGCAGGCACAAAGCUCUGCACCCCAGCAGGAAAAGACAACGCCCGCAUCCCAGGUGCCGAACACAGGGUGACUGGCCUCCAUAGCAUCCACAUCUGUGUCAAGACAACAAAACCUGCUUUGUUCAUGUAUCAGAGAAAGUUGUAUUGAAAUGUACACAAUGUUUUGAAAAUGUAUUGUGACACUUUUCCUCAGCCCUUCUCAAUUCCUUAUGACCCCCUGACCUGCAGGUUUUUGAUGUUUCCCUCUUCCAACACACCUUACUCAAAUGAACUGGUCAUAAUCAGGUUUCUGCAGACCUUGAAGACGACCCUACAUCAUGUAGACCCAGAUGUAACAUGCAGGGCUGGGGCAGAGGGUCUCCAGGACCAGGAUUGAUAAGAAAGACUGUAUAACAAACUUUGGAAAAGUAGGCUAGCUAACAAGAUGCAAGGCAACGUUAUUGUACUGUCUGCAGUAAAUGUGGUUACCUUAUGUUAUCUGUAAGUAACAUUUAACAUGUCCCUGGUUUUGAGCUGUUUACCCGGUGUUAUAACAUUAUCUUAAAGUCCCUGUCGAAUUGUCCUUCCAGGGCUAGCCUAACUAAUUUGACACGGAGGUAGAAAAAAUCGACAGAACACCUGGCUAGAGUCUAGUAAAUACUCGGUAAAAGGCAAAGCUCCAAUAACUAUCGAUAGCUUCCAUUUUAGUAGAGUAGUGUCAAAGCCUAUACGCAGUAAAAUGUACAAGUCAAAGUGAACUACCGGUUAAUUAAUUUAAUUAUUACCUUGACAUUAAUGAUGAGACGGUAUCGUGCCAGUUAGUUUCAUAAACAUUAUGCGUUCCGGUUUUUGUUCUAGGCGGACAAUUGAAUGAAGAACACACUAGUUCCAGCAACAACAUCCUCCCGAUAUGCCCCUCCCUCAAAAGUCAGGACUGCUAAAAACCACAAGCAUAAAAGAACGCAGGACAAUCGUCAAUAUUAGCACCAAAAUAUGCUGCCACAAUAGCGGAGACCGUCAUUAAUACGAGUACAUCAAUCUCCUUGAGUUAAACAAAUCUGCGAAACCGCAUUAAUAGACCUGAAUUGUAAAAGACGAUUGUAACCGUAGAUACAUGUAAUUU